AUGUUUCGACGAUUAAAGCAAAAUGUGAUGGUAAAGUUGGAUAUGGCAAAACAAACAGAAUUUCCAAAUGAUGUUACCCGUUCGAUUACUUUCUGUGAACAGAGUAAAUCGGAUGUGGCAGCAAUCGCUAAAGCUGUUGAAUCGAUGAUUUCAAAUUUCAAAGCUAUCGGUAUGACUCCUGCUGAUUCAAUAGCUAAUACAUGCGCUGGUUUGGCAGCUAAAACAAAUGAUAAAAAAUUCAAUGAAGUGAUGAAAAGUGUUGAAGAAGCAUUGGAAGAAAUUGCAAAAACGGAACGUUUAACGGCUAAACAGGUAGAAGCAGAAUUUCUUGAUUCAUGGACAAAAAUAUGGCUUAAAGAAAAUUUAAAAAAUUAUCUCGAAGAUAUCAGUAAAUUAAAAAAGCGACGUCUCGAUAAAGAUGGCUUAUCUCAAGCAGCUGUUAAACAUCCCGAUGAUGAAAGUAAACAACAAAAAAGUAAAGAAGCUAAUGCAUGUUAUGAUGAACAAUUGUUGAAAGUUCGACAAAAUAUUCAACAAUUUGCAACACAUUAUAAAAAAACAGCGGAAGCGGUACAAGAAUUAAUGAAUAUAAUGGCAAAUCAUUUUGACAAAUGCGCCAAUAUAGCAACUAAGCAUUUAAAAAAUGCUAAAAGUAGUUGA